AUGCUACCGCCGGAGAGCGUGGUGGACCUGAAGGACAUGCCGCCUCUGCCAGGUGUUGGGACACCACGUCCGAUUCCGUCGGCUCAAUUGCAAAGGUUCACCCAGCUGUUCAUCCUCCCUUUCGGGCUGGUAAAUAAAUUGGUAGCUGGAAAACCUGGGAAAGCACUGAAACCACGCGCAACUGCAGGUCAUGCCCUCAUCUUCACCUUUCCUCCGCUCCUGGGCAAGCUGAACAUCGCCUUCGAUGGGGACGAGGGUGUGGAGGCGCAGCGAUACGAACUCAAAGAACACACCGAGUUGCCAGCACAGCCCUCGGAGCCGCCGCCACCACUGCCAGACCCUGCCGCGGACAAACCCAAGACACCGCAGGCCACAACCGAGGAGCAAGAAGCCGCAAAAGACACCAAAAACAAUGAAGCCACGCGGGGGAAGUGGAAGAACAAGGCUGAGUUCCUGCUGUCGUGCAUCUCUAUGUCCAUCGGCUUUGGUAACAUCUGGAGGUUCCCGUUCGUGGCUCUGGAGAACGGCGGCGGUGCAUUCCUCAUCCCUUACCUGAUCGUGCUGCUGUUCAUUGGCAGACCGAUGCACUACCUGGAGCUCAUCCUGGGACAGUUCUCCUCCUGUGGCCCCAGUCAGGUGUGGGAGAUGCUGCCCGCGUUCAAAGGUGUUGGCUACGGACAAAUGCUCGUCAACUGGUUCGUGUCCACCUACUACAUCUCGCUGAUGGCCACCUGCAUGUUCUUCUUCUUCGCCUCCUUCAACCAAGAGCUGCCGUGGGCGUCGUGCGGGCUUUGGGCGAGCGAGGCGUGUGUGGAUGCCGCGACCAACGUUACCAUGCUACAGGGAGGCACGUCGGCCGCGGAGGAGUACCUGAUUAGCUCUCGGGGCACAGUACAAGUUAUACAGGCACACAGAAGCACGACAGACUCGCACACGGCUCUCCAGACCUCGGGGAAGGGCGCCUACUUCACUGCCAUCGUGCCCUACGUACUGCUGCUGGCGCUGCUCAUAAGGGGCGUGACUCUGCCGGGCUCAGCUGAAGGCAUCAUGUACUUCCUGACGCCGAGAUGGGAGAAGUUACUGGACAUACAGGUGUGGCUGGCGGCCGUAACCCAGGCGCUGUACAGCCUGGCCAUCGGCACCGGCGGUGUGAUCACGAUGGCCUCCUACAACGACUUCAGGAACAACAUCUACGUGGACGCAGCCUUCAUCUCCGUGGCGGACACCGUGACCUCCUUCCUCUCCGGCGUCACCACCUUCGCCAUUCUGGGCCACCUGGCGGUCCUAAUGGGCGUGGACCUUCCCGACGUGGUGCAAGGGGGUGGUACGUCCCUUGCCUUCGUCAGCUACCCCGAUGCCCUGGCGAGGUUCCCGUGGCUGCCGCAGAUGUUCUCCGCGCUGUUCUUCGUCAUGAUGUUCACGCUGGGGCUGGGCACCAUGGUGGCGGAGACCAGCGUGCUCAUCACCGCCGUCAAGGACCAUUUCCCGCAGCUUCAGACGUGGACGGUGAGCCUGUCCGUGUGUCUAGUGGGCAUGUUCUCGGGACUCGUCUACGUCACGCCGCAGGGACAGCACGUGCUAACACUGGUCAACCACUACAGCGGCAACCUGUCAGUCCUGCUGCUGGUGACGCUGGAGGUGGCGGGCGUGGCCUGGGUGUACGGGCUGCGCCGCCUCGCUGCCGACAUACACUUCAUGCUGGGCCGCUCCACGGGGGUGCUGUGGAAGGCGAGCUGGCUGCUGGUCAACCCGCUGUUCCUCGCCGGCGUCCUCGUGUACAGCCAGACGCAGGCCACCGUGCUCUCCUACGGCGACUACGUCUUCGGCACCAAGGAAACGGCGGUGGGCGUGGUGUUGUCCCUGGCGCCGGUGCUGCUGGUGCCCGUGCUGUUCCUGGUGGAGGUGGUCCGCAGGUACAAGGCGUCGGGGCAGCUGAUGCACACCCUCACCAACGUCUUCGCCGCCUCCCACAAGUGGGGGCCGAGGGACGCGAAGCUCAGGCAGGAAUACGACAUCUACCUGGAAGACCAACUGGGGGUGAAGCGCUGACCAUAACCCUGGAGACCAUCAGCUGCAGGUCGGCCGCCAAACAUAUGUAUAGACCUUGUAUAGUCUGACACGGGUCGUAUUCUUUAGCAUUUCGAGUCCCAGGCACACUCAUUAGUCACGGUUUUCAUAGGCGUUGUGUGCAUUGCAUGGGGUAGUUUUAUGGCCCUGGUGGUAGUCUGACUCUUCCUCUGUACCGUGAACCUAAAAUACAACUCAUAAGAACCCGACUGAUUACCUUUUUGACCACUUAAAUUAAUUUAUGCGAGUCUGAAGAGUCGGAUAAUACGGACCUCAAAUAUGUCCGUUUGGGUGGGGUCCCGCGCCUCACCCCAGCUCUGCCACAUCACCCCCAAUACGUCACUCACUCAUUUAUCAUAUAUUCACUAUUAAAAGUUGUGUGUUAAAUAUUCAGUAUAUAUUAAAUAAGGCUAUAUAGUGCUUUGAAUGUGUUGCGCUUCAGGAUAACAACAAUGAACUGUAUAAAUUCCUUAACACAUGGCAACGUUGCUCUUCUGAUGUUGCCAGUGGUCAACAAUACCAAUGGUCAUAUUCUUAAAUAUUUCCGCUGCCUAACAAACAUAUUUGACAAGGAUUUCACAGGAAUUCUGGACAUGUUCAAGGAUAGCUUUAUGACCCUGGUGGCAGUGUGACCCUUCUUUUGUACCGUGAAACUGAAAGACACUCAUGAGAACCCGACUGAUCACUUCGGCCUUUAGAAAUAGUUGAUGUGAGGGAUGGAAGCGUCUGGCAACACCGACCUGUGUUUCCACCUUCAAGGGUAUGUUUGGCAACGCUGUGGCGAGGAUAUCCCCGCGCGCUCCUCCCCAAAAACGAACUUCAUAGCUGAGUCAGACUUCAGUAUUUUUGCACCAUUGAGUCUUUUUUUAUGUCUCGUAUUCUCUUACAUUCUACCGUAGAUUUUUCCGUAAUGUCUUGAAUAAAAACCUUAUCAAAAUGUUUCAGCAGAGCUGCUUAAUAUAUCGUCAUAAGGUAAAGACUUGCACUCUAAUGAGUUGAUUUCCUUUCUCAAUAUCAUAUUUUGUGUAUCAAUAACAAAAUUACUCCUAGACAUCCCUUCUCUUUGAAUAAUAAUAUGUAUUAUUUGAACAAAGGUCAUUGCAAACUGUUUCAGCACUUUGUAGCACGACUUUACAUUAUUCAUGUCGUUAGAAUGAACAUUUUAAGAUAUGCUGCAUAAGGAUACUCAUACCCAUGUUGCUGCCACACACAUAGAUAAUUUGCAUUAAUCUACUUCAUCCUUGACACUAGCAGUGUUUGUAUUCCCAAGAAACUUUGAGGUAGCCCAACAGAAAACGAAAGUUUUGCGAUACUCAGCCAUCAACAACAACAGCUCAAACCGAGUUGCUGGCCGAGAAGUUAAAAAUGGUGAUAGUGCAACAAGAAUGCGAGA